AUGCCCCAUCCACGACCAGAGGAUCUUGAAGAGGAGAUGGAAGCUGCAAUGGGUGAUGAGGGCAACCCCGAAGAAGAUGGCAAGGUCAAGGUUUACUGGACCAACUACGUUGUGGCUGAGGCAUGGGAGAAGUCGACCAUCCUCCGCAAGCGUGGCAGGGAGACCAAACAGUUGACCAGGUGGCCUGCUGCGAAGACGAAGGGUAUCCCUUCCAUGCAAGCCAUCCACUUGAACGGGGAUGCGCUACUGAUCCUGGCGAAGAGAUGGUGUCCCCUGGUCCCAAUGGCGAAAACGCCAACAAUCGAAGUGCUUCAAACCGAAGUGAAAAAGUGGAGAGAAGAAAUGGAUCUGCAAGAGGACUCUGUGAUCGAAUACUUGGACACGUGGGGACUCCGACGCAUGUUCUCUCUUGCCAUUCGGAGAAGAAGCUCUUCGCGGAGAUCCAGGGAUACCGUCGUCGAGGAGUUCUUCGAUGUGCUGUUGCGGCAUUGGGGGCACACAAAGCAAUACCUUGCCAAGCACGAGGGCUUAGCUGAAGAGGCAGACGACAUUCUGUCCGACGGCUACGUUGAGAUGUCGGACAACGAGGACGCGAGCUGGUGUGUGAAGUUCCGUGAUGCAGGUGGGUCAUCCGAAUCCUUGCCGGACGAAGGGUUGGAGGAUUCCGUGGGUUCAAACGAAGUGGCGGAGGAAAUCCCCGAGCCUGGGCAAGUGGAAUCCACCAUGCAUGGUGGCAGCAGCGAUUCUUUGGGUUCAGACAAAGUGCCGGAGGAAAUCCCUGAGCCCUUGGAAGUAGAGCCCACCAUGCAAAUUGACAUGGAUGGGGACGAGGACCUAGCAGUGGAAGAGGCGCUGCUGCUGAAGCAGCUGGCAGUGCUGCAAGCAAAGUUGCAAGCUCCUGUUGCUGCCUGCCCCGACAAUCUAGAGACGCAGAUAGAAGCUUUGCAGACGCCCGAGCCCCUUGCAGCCUUGUCCCGGUCCAACAGUUCGUUUGCUGAUCUAGAAGAUGUGCUUCCUGGAAAGCACUUCUCACCGGCAGUUGAGCUCCCGAGCACUUCUGCCACAAGUGAGCCCGACAGUGCCUUUGUUACUCCGUCCCCGAAAUGCCUGUUGCCUGACCUGGCUGAUGUUGCGACGCCACCCAAGACGGAAGCUCCGGUUGUUGCAGCGACUGCGACAGCCGAUGCCCCUAAAAAUGGUCCAAGUGUCGAGGCCAGCGAGGCCAAGGGCGCUGAGACCGAUGAUGAGAUCAUGAACUACGAGGGUUUCGCCAGCAGAAAGGAUCAGACCGGCAUCAAGCGCAAAAACAAAGAAGUGGCUGAGGCUAAGGCCAAGCCUGGUGGUCGCGGUCGCGGUGGUCGCGGUGGACGCGGCCGUGGUGCCGUGGAGCCUCGACAUGAUGAUGAGGAUGAUGAUGCCAGCAAGGCCUGCGCUGGCCGAGGUCGAGGUGGGGGCCGUGGCCGUGGCCGUGGCAAGGGUGAGACCUCAUGUCCAGUGGAGGACGAAGAUCGUGAGGACCUCUGGGGGGAUGAAGGUGCCAAGCCCAAGAAGAAGAAGAAGCAGGCCAAUCCGAAGCCCAAGAACAAGAAGAUCGAGACGGAUGACACCAAGGCUUCGAAGGAGAAGCCGGCCAAGAGGGUAAAGGUGGCCAAAGCCACGGCUGAGCCCACAGCCGCAGUCGCUGGCGAUGAUGAUCACGAGGCGGAGUGGCAUGAUGGCGAGGCCACUUGUUACUACGAUUUGGACGAUCCCUGGUGGCAUGAUGGCGGAGCAGCGGAGCAGAAAGGGGGUGCUGCUGCGUGGGAGGCUUGGUGGGAUGAUUGUGGGCACGCCCUGUAUGGUGCGCAAGAGGCUGAUGAGGCCAAGUCGGAGCCGGAGCAAGAGCAGGAAGAGGUGGCUGUGGGGCCGGAGCCAAGCUUUGCUCGGCGGCCUCCUCCAAAGACCGAGGUCCCAUACAGGCGAUGGUCUGCAGUCCGGGAUGCCUUUAAGACCCAUGUGAGCCCGAGCGUCUUGUACAGCUGCAAGUAUCAGGACCCUUUCUGGAAGGUCUGCAUGGAAAAGUUCGGGGAUCGCAAAGACGAGCUCAACAGGGGCCUAGUGGAUUUCGCGACGAUAGCCACCAAAGCGGCCAAGCACUUUGCGAAGAGCCAAGCUUUUCCAGCUUUUCUCUGUGUGCCCUUCAGUGGCACAGGUGAAGUUCAUAUGAUCUUCACCGAAGCGUUAAUUGGAUGGGGUGCCAUCGUCGACGUCAUGCCGCCGAAGGGCAUCCGCAAAGGCCAGGCAUUCCUGGCCAGGCUUUGGAUGUGCUUGGUUGCCUAUGCAGUGCAGCCGCUAGCCGCCGAAAGCCCUUUCCGCAACAAUAUGUUGGCUCUACAGUUUGAGUUCCUGAUUGUGGUCUUAUUGGUAUCUUGGACAUCGUAUAUCGACCUGGAACCACAGCGCCCCUUCGAGCUGCUAGAAUUCUUUGCUGGCCAUGCAACCAUAGCCCGGGCUGCAGAGGUCGCCGGAUAUCGCUCAGCCGCUGUAGAUAUCCUGUACGACGAGGCUAGGCAAGAGCGGAAGUCGAUAGGCAAACGAUCCCCUUUCGAUCUGAAUUCAGCUUGCUGUGGCAAUGGUGCUCCAGGGCACCUGGUCACAGGUGGUAUGCUUCUUUGGAACAUGCUGACAGUUCUGCUCAUGGCGCUGGCAGUGGCUAUGGGGGGCUCGGUGUUCUUAGAGAACCCUGCCCAGUCUGUUCUUUUCGAUUGCAAAUGGUUCCUUUGGUUAGUUCGAGCCAUGAAGUCGACUGGCCACGGCACAUCCAGGAAGAACCUAGAGAAAAUCAUGGCGUCCGUGGGGUACAACCCGGAAGCUUUCGUGCAGCUGCUCGAAGAGAUCCAUGAAUCCUACACGGAAAGUGAGCUGGAGAUUCAAGGGGAAUACGCAACAGAGGAGACCAUGGCUGAGAAGAGGAUUGAUGCCGUGAAGGCAUACUGCGCACAAGAUCCUGGACGGUUCAUGAGGCGGGAUACCUACGAACAGGACAAGGUGCUCUACUGGUGCGAGAAGACUAUUAAGGCAUCGCACAAGCAGGGGGAACGCUCCAUUAGACGGUCCACAUCUACCUUCGAAGCCAAUGGUGUGGCUGGUCCAUCGGAGCCCUCAGUCUGCCCCAUUGUGGAUCCAGCAGCGAGUCCAUCACUGACCCAGGCAGACUUGGGGUCUGUAGACGACAAGGAUGCCUCUGACCUCCGAAAAAGAGCCGGCAUUCCUGAAUUUAACCCAGAUGCCCGGCCUUCGGCAGUGGCAGUCAAGAUGACGGUCUGCCUUUCCAAACGGUCACAAAAGUUGCUCGACGUGAAGAAGCAGUUUGAUGCCAUUGACAAAAAUGACUACACGGAGAACCACAAAAGGAAGCUUAGCUUAACUAAUCCCAACACCCCUACUAAACCCCUAAACCCUGACACCUACAAUAGCCUUAUUAGAAACUGA